AUGGGCAGCAAUGUCUCAGGAUCUCGUACUUUCUCCCCACUGUCCAGAGGGCUGUGCCAGCCCUGUGGCCCGACCCCUCUGGCCAGCAGCUGCAAUGAGCCCUGUGUCAGGCAGUGCCAGAACUCCACCAUCGUCAUCCAGCCCUCUCCCGUGGUGGUGACCCUGCCCGGACCCAUCCUCAGCUCCUUCCCACAGAACACCGCCGUUGGAUCCUCCACCUCCGCUGCUGUUGGCAGCAUCCUCAGCUCUGAGGGCGUGCCCAUCACGUCGGGGGGCUUGGACCUCUCCUGCAUUUCCAACCGCUACUGUGGCAGAAGGUGCCCGCCCUGCUAAUGGUGCUGGACAGUGACCCAGACCCAGACAAGGACCCCCUGGAAUGCUGAACAUGACACUGAAGAGAAGAACUUUUUUGUGAUGCUGUGUUUGCUCUGCAAGACAGACAUGUUCAGGCCAGCCUCGAGUCUCUGACAACAUGGAGAAAGUCUACUGAUACUCUCUUAUACUCACUCUUCCUAUCUUAUAUCAUUACUGCCUUUUCCUUUUAGGUAUGUCUGUUUGUACCCCCAAAAUGUGCCCUGAAUGACCUGCUCACCUCCCUAAGACUCUGGGCUGGGAGACAGGGCUCUGUGGCUAUGCUGCCAUAGGUACAGGGAACAGAUUCCUAUCUGCUUCUGCUGCUCACGGCACACAGGGCCUCUGCUUGGGGUGACAUCAUUUC